UAUAAACUGUUAGAGAAUCAAAGAUUGCUUUCUUAAAAUCUUGCUGUUUCAUGAACCAAGACCUAACUUUCUUUUCACUUUGUUCUUUUAAUAGAAUAUUAGAAGUGGCCAGGUGUUCUCAGUUAACAGAUGUGGGCUUCACUACUCUGGCCAGGAACUGCCAUGAGCUUGAAAAGAUGGAUCUAGAAGAAUGUGUUCAGAUCACAGACAGCACAUUGAUCCAGCUCUCUAUACACUGUCCUCGGCUUCAAGUGUUGAGUCUUUCUCACUGUGAGCUGAUCACAGACGAUGGAAUUCGUCACUUAGGGAAUGGGGCCUGCGCCCAUGACCAGCUGGAGGUGAUUGAGCUGGACAACUGCCCGCUGAUCACCGACGCAUCCCUGGAACACUUGAAGAGCUGUCACAGCCUUGAGCGGAUAGAACUCUAUGACUGCCAGCAGAUCACGCGGGCUGGAAUCAAGAGACUCAGGACCCAUUUACCCAAUAUUAAAGUCCACGCCUACUUCGCACCUGUCACUCCACCGCCAUCAGUAGGGGGCAGCAGACAGCGCUUCUGCAGGUGCUGUAUCAUCCUAUGACAAUGGAGGUGACCAGCCUUGGUGACUGAGUAUUUAAUGACACUUGGAGACUCUCCAGUGGAAGCCACCCAGCAUGGUGGGCAAGGGUUACAAAGGGAGGGCAGCGUCCAGAUCCCCAGAGCCACACAUACACAGGAACACGCCCUCAACCCCAUCUGCUGCAGUUCUGUGACCAUGGCACUGAAGUUCAUACUGGCUGUAAAAAGUGGAUUGGUAGAACUUAACCAUUCCUGUUGGCAUGCCCAGAAGAGAUCUUAGGCCGUGAUAUAUAGAGGGAGGGGACAUUCCAGCAAAACCCAGUGUUACUGCUACUGUGGUUUCUUUAUUUUAUUAAGGGGCUUCUUUGGGGAUUAUGAAACAGUAACUGCAAUCUUCCAGGGUGAAAGGUAGCAUGGAGAAAAAUAUAUGAUGUAUCCAGGGACCAGAAAAAAAAAUUUCUUUGCAUCCUAGAAAUGGUAUCCACCCAUUGGGAGAUGCUUACACAACUUCUGUGCUUCCUUGUUUCCAUGCCAACAUGCUGAGCAUGCUCACAAAGAAGGCUCGUCCAUUCAUCUGUUUUAGUAUUUGGCCCAGGGUUUCCUUAGCAGCUGUAUUGAAGUUGCUGGGGUCCAAGUAUGAUUAUCUGUACUUCCCUGCUCCGUUUGUCACUCUGUCACUGCACCCGGCUCCCAUUCUCCUCACUCACUGCUGCACUUGGGCUCAGCCUGCUCCUAGUCUGCUGCUCACAAGCAAGGAUUACCCCUUCCCUGGUGUGUUUACACUUUGCUUUUGGAUGAUUAGUGGGAUUACCAAACAUUUUUAAAAGAGACAUCAAUAAAUAUUUUUUUAAUCUAAAUGUUACCAUUAGGGGACCCUGCCUGAAUCUUUGCCAAUCUGGAAGGAAACUAUAACAAAAGCAGGAAAGUUAGGGUAAGAAAGAGUUGAACCAUUCUGGUGAAAGUCUUUUUUGGUUUCUCUUGUAUCAUUUGCUCUGCACGGUGUGCUCAGUGUCCCCCUGCACAUUUCCCUCUUCUAAAGUCAGUGAGCUUAUUGAGAAAAGAGAAGGGCAUUAUUAUCAUGAAGUGGAUAGCAAAUUCCCAAACUGAGCCCAGAGGUCUCCACUACCCAAGCUUAAGCACAAAUGCCCUACGUUGUCCUGAAUUGACAGGAACGUGGUGGGAUCUGCCUGUCUUCGGAUUUACUUGAGUUAUUUGCUUUGCAGCAGUGCUUGGAGGUGGGGGUGGGGGGUGUUGGUUUAUGAAGCCCCACCCCUAUCUUAUCCCAUCAGGGAUACAAGAGCAGACCUGUAACAACCAGAUGCCUGUGUCAGGGUUACCAGGAUUGUAUCUAAUGUUGGCACCUCAGAAGACAAGAACAUAACAAACAGCGCUUCCUCCUCCUCCCUCCCUCCCUCCCUCCCUCCCUCCCUCCCUCUCUCUCUCUCUCUUUUUCUCUCUCUCUCUCUGUCUCUCUACAGACUUCCUAUGAGUGGGAUAUGAAGGCAGAUAGGAAGGGGCAUUGGGGUAGCCUUGAGGGAGUAAGGGGCUCAGUAUGUAUACCAAGCCUGGGACCUGGCCCUCCCCUAGCUGAGAAAAAAGGUUAGUACCUAUGGCUCAGAGUCAAGAAGAAGCCUCUUCAAAAACAAAACAAAACAAAAAAACCAGAAAUUGAGUUUCUAAAGCAUUUUUCUAAACUCCGGAUGUUAGAGACUGUGUUUGAUGUUGAAUAGGGUGUUGGGGGAAAGGCUUUUAGGAUGUGGGUGUGCAAGCCAAUAUGAUCCCAGGAUGUUAAAAGGGCUGUUUAAUGCUAUAGGUACUGGUUCUACCAGAAUAUAUAAGAAUAAAGUCUGAUUUAUUUCUCCAUUAAUGUAGAAAAUAAUCAGAUGAAAGGUCCCAGAAUUCUAUACUACCAGAUUUAUUUAUCUUAUUAAACUUAUUUAAAAUCUUAUUUUAUUAUGCUCUUUCAAAAGCUAAAUUACUUGUGUUUUUUAUUCCUUCUCCCCUUUAUGUUCAGAUUACCUUGUACAGAAUUUCUUUUUUCCUGAGACCAUUUGUUACGUUGCCAGGCCAACUGGUCUUGGCACCUGGGCUCCAGUUCCCCUCCCCCUCAGCCAGCACCUGAGUAAAUGGGACUACAGUGGCUCAUACUUCUUUACCUGGCAGGAAUUAUACUUUUAAAGUUAGACUCAGUGCACACAUAGACACACUUCCAAAUAUAUUUAGAUCCCUAGGUCUCUCAAACAAAACCAAAAGAUAUUGAGGGACCAUCAGCUCUAAACUCUAUGUUUGAUCCCCCCCUCCGCCCCCCAGUGCCUAACAAGUUGGCAAACGCUGGACAUGCAUUUGAAUUCCCAAGUCUAAGCCAUUCAAGCACCUCUUUUUUUUCCCAUUAAAGUUUGAAUGAGUCUGUUAUUCACCAGUAUGUCAAAAGUCUUGAAAAUGCUGUGUUUCUUCUCAGUGUAUUGACACAUGCAGGUUCAUUGGAUUUGUUAAGUCAGAGUCCAACGUUUCUGGGCUAAGAACACAAAUCAAAAGGCGGCCGACUGUGGGCGCACAGCCCUGGCUUCACAUGGUCAGGCAGGAGUCAUGUUCCUCACUCAAGUAGCGUUGGGCCCAUCAUGCUUGGAGGGAAAUAGUAGAUGUUUUUUCAAAUGUUGAUUUGAGCCCUGUACCAGCUAAUUUAUCACAUUAAGACUCCAUGGUGAAUGUCCCUCAGGUGGAAAGAGCUCUGACGCCUAAAUGUAAAUGCUUCCUCUCUGCACGUGCAGAAUACCUGUAAGAAUUCAGUGGGGUUUUGGUUUGAUUGGUUGGGUUUGGGGGUUGCUUUUGGGGCCUGGAUGAAACCCCGGACCCUUGCAUGUUCUACCACUGAGCUGUAGUUCCAGCCCUAGUAAAGCUUAACAUGGAAAAUUCCCCUUUGGAAAAGACAUCGGGGGCUGCCAAGAUGACCAGGAACGGCAGAGUGCUUGCCAUGAUGUCAUAAUGAUGGAGUUGGGCCUCCGGAAUCCACAGGAAAGAUGUGAAUGGAGUCCCCCACUCCUGUAACCAGGUGGGGGGUGGGGACGGGAGAACAGGCCAGAGGGCAGCCAGCUGGAGCACAUAGCACUGUCGGAAACAAGACAGACCUGCCUGAAAGAUAUGGAAGGACAGAACAACUCCAGAAAGUUGUCCUUUGACCUUCACAUGAGCUGUGGCCUGCCUGUGCCUGUACUCGCACAAUAAAAAGACUUGGGGAGAAAAUGAAA